CAAAUUAAAGAGGAAGAAAAAAUCCAUAGCAUUCCAAAUCAUAGCUAACUUUUUGUUAUGUAGUGCUUUGCUCUUCACUAUUCACCGUUACUCUUUUCCAACUUUCUCAUUUCUAAUCUUUCUCGCAGUCGCCGGAGAUUUCUCUCGUCAUUUCCUGCCGUCACAAUGUCCUCCGCUAAUAACGCCACAGCCAAGGCUUCUCAUACUAAAGAGGAAGUUUAUCUCAACGCGGUAAUCGAAGAACGCAUCAAAUUGUUCGAAUCCAUCAAAGAACAGCAAAUCGCGCGCUUUCAAUCGCUCGAGCACGAUAGUAAAAUUAACAAAACUCCACUCCAUUCACUGCUAAUGCAUCGAAGCUUUUGUUUAAUUAAUUUGAAUUCGAAUUAUUUCAUUUGUUUUUAUAGGAUUAGCUUGCUGAAUGGGACUGUGAAGGAAGGAGAGAGGCAGUUAUCAACUUCGAUGGCUAAAGGCAUUUCAAAGAGUUUGGCUACGAAUGCUUUGAUUGCUCAACUUAACGGUUGGUUUUGGGAUAUGAAUAGAUACUGAUGUCACUAUCGGCUGUUCAAACAACUACAAUUACUUGCUUCAAUUCAUAGCUCUUCUUACUCUUUAUUUCAGGGAGAGAGAAGGGGAGCUGCAGCCAAACACCGCAGCUCGCUGCCGGCGUCGAUAUCGACGCCAAAGUCACUGCUCGCUGCCGGCGCCAAAACGGCUGCUUGCUGGCGACCUUUUAACGCCACCACUCAUUCUCUGAUCAAUCCCUUGUGAUUAGAGUUGUGAGUGAAAAGGAUGCUUAAGAGAAUGUCAUUGUUAUCCAGAGAGGAAUGGAUGCUACUUCUAUGCUUCAUCAAAUGGGUUUAACUAAUGUUGUUUUUCAUCAACUUGAUGCUUUGGAUCCACUUAAUAUUCAGUCCCUGGCUGAUUUCAUCAAGAACACAUUUGGAAGACUUGAUAUUCUGGUAAACAAUGCGGGAGCCUCUGGGGUUGUGGUGGAUGAGGAUAGCCUAAGGGCGUUAAAUAUAGAAACUGAAACUUGGCUUUCAGGAAAGGCAAUCAAUAUGAUACAAGAAGUGAUUAAAACUACGUACGAGAAAGCUGAAAAAUGCUUGAACACAAAUUACUUCGGUGUAAGAAGAUUAACAGAAGCUCUGCUCCCGCCUUUACAGCUUUCCACUUCAAGAGUUGUGUCUUCUCUAAAGAGUGAGCUACCAGUGAGUUGAAAAAGUGUGAUUAUGACUUAGUAACCUGGAGGAAAAUUGUAGAGCCACGUGCAAGCGCUGAACUUCGAAGGUGAUUUGAGUUACUGGAUUUAGACAGAGGGAUAGGCUGCGAGCUUCUAACAUCGAUAGUCUGAUACAAAGUGUGACAAAGAACGAGUGCAAAAGCAGCGUUGGCUCAUUCUUAUUUCGAUAGGGAAGGUCUACUAGCUUUAUCUUUUAUGCAGACGCUGAGGAUGCAAUAAUUUCGAGCAACACAACAAGAUCGA